AUGGCCUCCUCCGACAACUGGAUAUUGCUCCGGCGGCUAAAGACGGCGGUAAAGAAGAUCAAAUUCCUCUUAAACUUCAACAUUCACCAAUUUCUCUUAACCAAUCGCCGCCUCAGUUUCAACCAGCCGCCGCAGGGACUGAUCGUAUGCAUGGACCAAGAACCCGAAUCGGAGUCGUUAGGACCGUUGUUGAGAACCGCAAGCGGACUCUCCGGCGCCGGCGGACAAUCCGAUGACGAUAUUGACAAUAAAGCUGAUAUUUUUAUAUCUAAUUUCUAUCGCCAGCUCCGAAUUGAAAGACAGAUUUCCCUUGAGCUCCAUUACUGCAGGGGAAAUAGUUUCAGUUCUGUUUCUGCCUAG